AUGCCAGCUGAAUCGACUUGCACAACGUGCACCUUCUCUGAGGAUUUCUCAAACUACUGGACAGCAGUGUUGUUCUUCAAGGCUCGCAACGGUACCUAUAAGCGCGUGCCACAAAGGCCCAACGCUGGAUUCGAGGGCGCGGUAGGUGGCAUGACAGUGUACUAUAUGCAAGACGGCCUUGCAGAUUAUGAGCAAAAAGACAAGGUCACUGCUUUCAAACAAGGAUUCCGCAUGCUUGUCGGUGAUCCGCUAUUCCGCACCAAGGACGAGUCAAAAACCUACCGCCAACUUACCUACACCUGCCUUCAAGACAUAGGUACUCGAUAUCCCGAGACCAAGAAUUUCCCCACUUCACCUUGUCCUGCUGGAAUUAUGGCGAAUGUUCGCUUCCCUACCUGCUGGGAUGGCAAGAAUCUUGAUAGCCCUGACCAUAGAAGCCAUAUGUCCUAUCCCGAGAGCGGUACCUUUGAGUCUCUUGGCCCAUGCCCGGCAUCUCAUCCAGUACGAACUCCACAAGUGAUGUAUGAGACGAUUUGGGAUACGAGGCAGUUCAAUGACAAGAAUGAGUGGCCCGAGGAUGGAUCCCAGCCUUUCGUCUGGAGCUUUGGAGACCAGACUGGCUACGGCACGCACGGCGAUUACGUCUUCGGCUGGAAGGGCGAUGCUCUGCAGCGAGCAAUGGAUAGCGAAUGCUAUGUCAACUGUCCGACACUCAAGACACAAUCUAUUGAAACUGGCAAUCAGUGCAGCCAGAAAGCUAUAGUUGACGAGGACAUUGACAGUUGGCUCACUGAGGUCCCUGGGAUGGCUACGCCUAUGUAA